UCACCCGGGGACUUCAUCCCUCCUUUACUCUUCUAUUUCUCUAAUGAACACAUGGGUAGGACAGUCCUACCUGAGAGCAACCCACACACCUGAUGGACUAUAAACUGGCAGGCUUAAGAAGGCAUAGGAAGACUUCAACCUCUCUGGUACCGAAACAGCCUGCUAUCUCUCUUCCCAUGGAGAUGGAGGCCACCUUGAGCCAAGCGCUGUGGAUGUUGGCCCUUCCCUUCAGCGCCUUGGUUACACUUUUGCUCCUCGGCUGGACCUUUUACUAUGACUUCACCAGGACGCAAAUCCCGCCGGGAAUCAGCCAGGGGGCAAAACUGCGCCUGAUGAAUUUGACCAUGAGCCUCGUCCUCAGACUGGCCCUGAUUCUGGAGAAGUUUGGCAUCUGCAACAAAUACGUCAUCUUGAGGCAACUCAUGGACGGGAUCCCCCCGGGGAGAGCCCCCGACCUGACCAUCAAGGAGAUGCUUUUCGAGGCGGUCCCCGUGAGGGUCUAUUGGCCCAGGAGAGCAGGUGCCGAGCCCAGGCGAGGACUGGUCUGGAUCCACGGAGGAGUGGGCUUCUUUGGGAGCCCCCGAGCCUACGAAAGGUUCUGCCGCUUCAUCGCCCGGGAAAGCUCCACGGUGGUCGUGUGCAUCAGAUACCCCUUGGCCCCGGAGCACCCCUACCCGGCUCAGCAACUCAGCUGCUACGCUGCCGUGGCGCACUUCCUGAAGAACGCGGGGGGCUACGGGGUGGACCCCCAGCGGGUCGUGCUGGCUGGCGACAGCAGCGGCGCUGCCAUUGUGGCUGCCAUUUCCCAGCAACUGGUGAUGAGGAGCGACCUGCCGCCUGCCAGAGGCCACGUCCUGCUCUACCCUUUCCUCCAAGCUCUGGACUUCAACCUGCCUUCCUAUCAGCAAAACCACUCCGUUCCCGUGUUAUUUAAGAAGCGGAUUAUCCAUCUUGGCAUGCUUUAUCUUACAGGAAGGAAUAUCAACGUGGGUGAAAUUAUGGGCAAUGCCCACGUUCCCCAGGAGCUCAGGGCAAAGUACCGGAAAUGGAUCAGCGCAGAACUCAUCCCAGAGGAGUUCAAACUCUCGGCUCAGGAGCCCUUUGUACCCCGUCCGUUUUCAGAAGAUCUUUACCAAGCGUGCAAAAGAGCGUUUGAGCCCACGUUUUCCCCGCUCCUGGCGGAAGAUGCCAUCCUCCGGCAGUUUCCAGAGACUUUGCUUCUAACCUGCGAGUACGACGUAUUCCGAGACGACGGCCUACUCUACAAGAAACGCCUGGAAGGGAACGGCGUGCCUGUCACCUGGCAUCACCUGAAGGACGGCUUCCACGGGACCUGCCUGCUGACCGGUUUGGGGCCCCUGGAGUUUCCCAGUACCAGGAAGAGCAUGGAAAGCAUAAUCCAGUUCCUGGAGCGCUUCUAGAAAGCCAUCAGCCCCAUUCCUCCACCUUGUUUUCCCUCUCCUUGCCCCACAGACCCUGUGAGUUCAUCCAGUUGUCCUGCUUACCUGGCCUGAAGACCACCAACUGUCGCCUUCCCUUUCAUAGCCCACCACUCGGGCAGCCUGGUCUCAGUGCUGGGUGUCGUGCCAUGACAGUGUGGCUCUCCCCAUUACAGGGAAGGAGGAUCUCCCAAGUGGGCAGUCGAAGGGGCCGAGGGGCACGGCCGGGAGAGUGCCCAGAUGCCCAACGGUCGCAGUCUCCAUCUCCUUCCAGACAGGGA